CUCAAGCUGGGCCCGAAUGUCGGCCGCUCAUUCCAUGUGGAUGCCGGUCGGGGGCUUGACGUGGCCAGAGCUUUCCGCAAUCUCGACACCGCUUGUAAGAGGAACAAAGUCAGAACGGAUUUUCUCAAACAACGAUUUCACGAGCGGCCAGGUCUGAAGCGAAAACGGAUACGAUAUGAAGGCAAGAUCCGUGGCUUCAAAGCCAGGUUUACCAAAGUUGUGCAGAUGGUUCAGAGCAUGACUAAGAGUGGUUGGUGA